CUGUUUUGGCUCCAUAUUUGGUCUCAGCCGGACUGCUUUUUGGCGGUGAGCAGCAUGGGAGAGUUAUACACAAAAGCUGAAAACAGGGGAGUAAAUGGACAUACCAAAACAGACGAGUCCCCUCCUGCUGCUCACAGUGUUGACUCAUGCUGCAGAUCCUCGCUGAGAAGGAUGAAGCUCUGGGUACCUGCUGACUACAAGAAUGAAGCUGCGAUUUUAAAACUAGCAGGACCAGUGUUCAUUUCACAGUUGAUGAGCUUCCUGAUCGGCUUCGUCAGCAUGGUGUUCUGCGGUCACCUGGGGAAAACAGAGCUGGCAGGAGUGGCGUUAGCGAUAGCAGUAAUCAAUGUCACAGGUAUUUCCAUCGGCUGUGGUUUGGCAUCAGCAUGUGACACUCUCAUAUCUCAGACUUACGGGAGUGGUAACUUCAAACGUGUGGGAGUGAUCCUGCAGAGGGGAGUUUUGAUUCUGCUGUUAGCUUGUUUCCCAUGCUGGGCCGUCCUCAUUAACACUCAGCCCCUUCUGCUGGCUAUCAGGCAGAGUGCAGAGGUCGCAAGGCUCUCCCAGCUGUAUGUGAUGAUCUUUAUGCCCGCUCUGCCGGCUGCCUUCAUGUACCAGCUGCAGGGGAGGUAUCUUCAGAAUCAGGGAAUCAUAUGGCCUCAGGUGAUCUGUGGAGCUGUGGGGAAUGUUUUAAACGCAAUAAUCAACUACGUCUUCCUCGUUCUGCUUGAUUUAGGGGUCACUGGAUCAGCAGCUGCCAAUGCCAUCUCUCAGUAUACAUUGUCUGCUCUGUUGGUGUACAUCUGCUACAGGGUGCACAAAGCCACAUGGGAUGGUUGGUCAACAGACUGCCUGCAGGAGUGGGGUCCUUUCCUCCACCUGGCCCUCCCCAGCAUGCUGAUGCAUUGUCUGGAGUGGUGGCUGUAUGAGAUUGCAGGGUUUCUGGCAGGACUCAUCAGUGAGGUGGAGUUGGGAGCUCAGUCUGUAGUUUAUCAAGUGGCUGCUAUUGCUUACAUGUUUCCGAUGGGUUUCUCUGUCACUGCCAGUGUUCGGGUUGGAAAUGCUCUUGGUGCUGGGAACACAGAGCAGGCCAAGCUGUCCAGCAAGGUCUCCCUCAUCUGCACAUUUACAGUCUCAUGUUGCAUUGGAGUUUGUCUUGGUGUCUCUAAGGAUGUGAUUGGCUACAUUUUCACCACAGAGAAAGACAUCAUCCAGAGGGUGGCUGACAUUAUGAAGAUGUACUGUUUUGUCCAUGUUGCAGAGGCGUUUGCGGGGGUAACAGGAGGGAUUGUCAGGGGGACAGGGAAGCAGUUGGUUGGAGCUGUAUGCAGCUUGGUGGGUUUUUAUGUCAUUGGGCUCCCCAUUGGAGCAUCUUUGAUGUUCCCUGUCAAAAUGGGCAUUAUAGGGAUGUGGUUGGGCCUUUUGAUUUCCGUGGUGAUACAGUCCAUAUUUUUUACAGUUUUUCUCUGUAAACUAAACUGGAAAAAAGUCACUGAGGAGGCGCUGGUGAGAGCAGGGGUUAAGAGAAAAAAUGAAAUCUUCAGUAUAGAAAGCAAAGCCUCGGACUCUGAUGGGAAACAGGCCCAUGUUGUGACCACUCGAUCCAGCUCUUUGAGUCCAGUGGAGGAGAAGCUGGGGGCACUGGGUGCAGGUCAACAAACAUCAGAUGACGCAGCGCUAUCAGUCAGGCAGCUGGUGGUGCGACGUGGGCUCACUGUGCUGCUCAUGCUCGUCAUCCUCGCUGCUGGAGUCUUCAUCAGUGAGCUGCUCAUCAGGCUGCUGAAGUGAGGCAACAAGUGACCGUUAUUAGACAAAACAAAGAGAUGUGAUUCAUCAGAGUUUAGAUGCAUCUUCAUGUUUAGCAGUAAAGCUCAGAGGCAGAAAUAUGCAGACACAAUGAACCAAGAAAAAGAUAAUGAGUAACAGUGUGUUCUCGAAGGUCUGUCUGCACUCACAGAUUCUGUUGGUACAUUUUAAAGUGAUAAACAUGACAGUGAUAAGGCAGCCUCCAUCUUGUCACACAGAGCCGUAUAAUAGCUGUAUUUGUACGACUGUUAAUUAGAGCUUUAUAUGAGGCAAAUCCUCUGUUGUUGCCAAAGUGAUGAUUUUGUACAGUUUUUAAAUAUUAAACAACUAUUGG